AGAGGAAGUGCAGCACUGAGAGAGCUCCCUCCUCCUCCAUCACAGCCCAGUCCAAUCCCAGCUCUACCCCAGCAAGCUCACAGAGAGGGCUGUGAGAGCACAUGAUGGCAGGGAAUUAAAAGCUCUGUUUGCAGUGCACCCCCUGACACCCUACUUCAAACCCACUGCUCCCUUGGGCACACACUGGGCAGCCUGGACCAGCCUGGGCAUGGAGGACCAGUUAAACGAUCGGGCCCAGUUGCCCAGAAAUAUGAUUGAAAAUAGCAUGUUCGAAGAAGAGCCUGAUGUGGUUGACUUGGCCAAGGAACCCAGCAUAAAUCCAUUAGAAUCAGAGGAAGCAGAAUAUGAACCGAGAAGCUCGCGAUUACUGGUUCGUGGUUUGGGGGAACAUGAUUUGGACGAAGACGAAGAGGAUUACGAAUCCUCAGCAAAACUGUUGGGCAUGUCAUUCAUGAACAGGAGUUCAGGACUCCGAAACAAUGGGUCAAACUUCCGACAAGUUCAAGAUGGAUUAUGUCCUGUGCCUUCUGUAAGGACUGUUAUUGUGUGCGUGGUGAUCGUUAUAAUUGCAAUUGCUGUAGUUACAGUGGUUUACUUGCUACCCAAGUGUACUUUUACCAAAGAAGGCUGCCAUGCAAAAACCCAUCCAAUGGAACUUGUCUAUCCCAUCGCCACUAAUGGAAAAAUGUUCCCAUGGGUGAAAAGUAGACUGCCGCAUUCUGUCCAGCCAAUACAAUACGACAUUACUUUGCACACAAACCUGUCAAACUUGGCAUUUACUGGCGCUGUUCUCAUAAAGCUAAACAUCGUUGAAAACACCAAGAAUAUUAUACUCCAUAGUUCUGGUCUUCAGAUCACAAAGACAAGCGUAACUUUAGCUGGGAAAUUGUUGGAAAAAGUUGAGGUUCUUGAAUAUCCGAAGGCUGAACAGAUUGCUGUUGUUUUGCCUGAAAUUGUUACAAAAGGGAAAGAGUGCGUUCUCGCUAUGGAAUAUAUUUCAAAUUUUUCCAAUACUUACUAUGGCCUUUAUAAAGUUUCUUACAAAGAAGACAAGGAUGCAAGCUGGCUUGCCGCGACGCAGUUUGAGCCCCUUGCAGCAAGAAAAGCGUUCCCUUGUUUUGAUGAACCAGCAUUUAAAUCUGCAUUCCAGAUCCGGAUCAGAAGAAGCGAAGAACACAUUUCUCUUUCAAACAUGCCGAAGACCAAUACCACCAAAAUCUCGGACGGUCUCUUUCAAGAUGAAUUUGCCACAAGCGUCAGUAUGAGUACCUACCUGGUUGCCUUUGUUGUAGCUGAAAUGAAGAAUAUUUCUAAAGAAUUAAAUGAAACGAUGGUGUCUGUCUAUGCAAUACCACAGAAAAUGGAUCAAGUGCAGUUCGCACUGGAUGCAGCCACGAAGUUCUUGCAAUUCUAUCAGGAUUACUUUUCAUUUAGCUAUCCUCUCAAGAAGCUAGAUUUGGUUGCUAUCCCUGACUUCCAAGCAGGUGCAAUGGAGAAUUGGGGGCUCAUUACCUUUCGGGAAACAGAUCUUCUCUACAAUGAAAACACUUCAUCAAUUAUGGAUAAACAAUUAAUUGCUCUGGUGAUUGCGCAUGAAUUGGCUCAUCAGUGGUUUGGGAAUCUUGUGACCAUGGAGUGGUGGAAUGAUCUCUGGCUGAAUGAAGGAUUUGCAACUUAUAUGGAACACGUGUCCUUGUGGAAAGUCUACCCAGAGCUGAAUGCUGAUGACCUCUUCCUGACGCAACGUUUCAAGGCCAUGCAAAAGGAUUCAUUAACUUCGUCUCAUCCUAUAUCUACAGAUGUUCAGUCUCCGGAACAAGUUGAGGAAAUGUUUGACGACCUUUCUUAUAUUAAGGGUGCAGCUGUUUUGUUAAUGCUAAAUAACUUUCUCUCGGAGGAUGUUUUUCACACUUGCUUAAAAGAUUAUUUGAAGAUGCACAAAUAUGGCUCCACAACGAGUGAUGGUUUGUGGGAAAGUAUGAAUAUGAUCACUAAAUCAAACCCAGAUGUGAAAAUUUUGAUGGAGUCCUGGACCCGGCAGGCUGGCUACCCUCUCGUGACUGUUCAGAAAAAAGGAAAAGAGAUCCUUCUCAGCCAGGAGCGAUUUCUGCAAUUGAGCAACAACACAUUAAAUAUCAGCACUGUGUGGAACGUUCCUCUCUCCUAUAUCACCAGCAACUCUAAUGGAAGCAGUUAUACCUACCUACUAAACCAAACAGCAGGGAAAAUAAUUAUACCAAGUGAAGAAUCUUGGGUAAAAUUCAAUGUUCGAAUGACUGGAUACUAUUUAGUCGACUAUGGUAAAGAAGGCUGGAUUGCACUGAUUAGACAACUUCACGAUAAUCACACCGUUCUCUCUCCAGACGACCGAGCAAAUCUAAUCCAUGACAUAUUCUUAAUUGGGGGGGUGGGGAAAGUCGGCUUAUCAAACGCUUUUGAUCUAAUAUCAUAUAUUGUAAACGAAACCGAUGUUGUUCCCAUUAAAGAAGUGCUACAUCAACUUCAUCACAUCCAUGCGAUCUUAGACAAACGUUCGGAGAUGGAAUUGGCUAACAAAGUAAUGCAACGUGGUUUGAGCUUAUUGAAGGCCAGAAUUGAUAGUCAGACCUGGAGUGAUGAAGGAAGUUUACCCCAACGAGAGCUGAGAUCCACCCUUCUCGAUUUUGCUUGUUCUUAUGGUGAUAAAGAGUGUAUAAUUGUUGCUACAAAGCUUUUUAACCAGUGGAAGAACAAUGGAACACAACUUCCCACGGAUGUAAUGAAAGUUGUGUUUAAAAUUGGUGCACACACAGAUGAAGGCUGGGCGUACCUCUUACAGGUAUACAUGUCUUCCUCGUACGCAGCAGAAAAGUUGAAAAUCCUUGAAGCACUUUCAAGCACAGAUAAUGCCAAGAAGUUAAUUUGGUUAAUGCAGGAGUCCCUCCGAGGACAGAUGAUAAAGUCUCAGGAUCUACAAACGGUCAUUGCUUAUAUCUCUAGGAAUGUACCUGGCUUCUUAGUAGCAUGGAACUUCGUGAAACAGAACUGGAAUGAAAUCACUCAGAAAUUCCAGCCUGGAUCAUUUCCCAUACAGACAAUUGUCGCCAAGACCACGUUCAAGUUUUCUACAGAAGCCUAUUUAAAUGAGGUCACAGCUUUCUUUGCAUCGACAAAGGGCAAGAGUAAAGAUAUGUGGUGCGUUAAAGAAGCCAUUGAAAACAUUAAGGUGAACAUCCAAUGGAUUGAGAAGAACCUAGACGACUUAAAAAAAUGGUUGUAGCAUUCAACAAGUCAACAUGCCCACAGUGAAACUGUUGGAGAUUCGUUUUUUUUCCUCCUUUCUUUCUGCAAAACGUGAAGACAAACAAGGAAAUCACUGCAACAUUGUGUGCACUACAAGAAGGUUUUCGAUGGCUCAGGGCGACCACAACAAAAAAAAAUGUUUUUUUUUCUCUUUUGCACGAGUGCUUGUUGGAGUGAAGAGCGUGGUGAGAGAAUGUAUUUAUUACGGUGUAGUAGAUACCAUGUUGCCUCUCUUGGCUGUGCAUUGCGGUAUACAUGGCUGGAAAUAUUAAGCAAUUUCUCUAUGACCACUGUGUUCAAAUUCCCAGUUUGAAAAGAUUUAUAUGCAACUACUACUGGUAGCACAUUUUGUCACAAACGCUGCUGAAAGUCCUUAUGGGUAGCUUCUAAAACUGUGUAAAUAAUAGUUACAGCCAUAUUCAUUAUGAAUAAUGUUUUUGUGCCAGUUUGUUAUAUUAAAGGUAUAUGAAGAGGUAACAUUUUAGGGUGACUGUCCGAAAGGUAUGGGGGGGGGGGGGGGGAUUU